AUGGAGGGCCUGUGCAUUUUAUUGAAGAGGUUGGCAUACCCUUGUAGAUACACAGACAUGGUACCCCGCUUUGGCAGGAAUCCGACCGAGCUUUGCUUAAUCUUCAACACUAUGAUCGAUUUUAUCUACGAUAAUCAUAACCAUCGACUUCGCAGCUGGGAUCAGUUCUUUUUACAGCCUAACCAGCUGUACAGCUAUGCAGAGGCUGUGCACCGUCUUGGUGCUCCAUUAGGCAAUUGUUUUGGAUUUAUUGAUGGUACUGUGCGUGGAAUAGCGAGGCCACAAGAAAACCAAAGGGUUAUGUACAAUGGCCACAAGAGAAUACAUUCCAUAAAAUUUCAGAGUGUUGUCAUCCCAAACGGAUUAAUUGCAAACCUUCAUGGCCCCUUUGAAGGUAAAAGACACGACAGCACAAUGCUCCAACAAACAGACAUUCUCAAUGAGCUUCGGAGGGUGGCAUUUCAUAAUGGGCAUCCUCUUUGUCUUUAUGGUGAUCCUGCAUACCCGUUGGGUGUUCACCUUCAGGCCCCUUUUAAAAACAUUCAACUCACUCCACAAAUGGUUUUGUACAAUGCGGCCAUGAGUGAAGUAAGAGUUGCAGUUGAGUGGCUUUUUGGUAAUAUUACAAACUAUUUUAAGUUUAUUGAUUUUAAAAGCCAAUUACAAAUUAACUUGAGUUCAGUGGGGAAAUUUUACAUUGUUUGUGCCCUUUUGGAAAAUGCGUUGACCUGUCUGUAUGGUAACAUUGUGUCAGAAAAGUUUGAAGUUCAACCACCUUCUUUACAGGACUACUUCCAAUAA